AUGGAUGCUCCGUUACCAACUGCCGAGCACGAUGAGGUCUCGCCGGUCAAGAGGAAUGGCAGCGUCUCUACGCGGCACGCCUCGCCGUCGGCGGCCGAGGACGAGCGCCCGUCUAAACGCCACAAGAGCCGCUCCCUCGCGUGCCGUGAGUGUCGAGAUCGCAAGGUCCGCUGCGAUGGCUCGCGUCCCGUCUGUGAGACAUGUCGACGGAAGGGGUGGGGCAGAGACAAGUGCAUCUAUCCCGAGGCGGACGGCCCUAUCGCGUCCAGCAAGAGCUAUGUGAAGGCGCUGCAAAAACGUAUCAAUGAGUUGGAGCAAUGGCAGCAACAGGUUGAGCAGCAGCAACAUAUUAAGCCAUUUCCGAUUUCGCAGGGCAUGGCCAAUGCAGACCGGCCACCGCUCACCGCCGCCUCCAGCGAAGCGAGCCCAUCAGUUGCCGCCCGCGCAUCAGUCGCCUCGGUCUCCAGUAGCAGGCCAGCUACCCGAAAGCGUGGAGAGUCCCUCGCCGAAACGGCAGACCGCCUCGGCAGCGCACCAGCUCAGAAUCCCUUGGGCCAAUCUAGCUUUGCCGGCUUCAUGGCCCAAGCCGAGGAGGCCUUUGCACGGCAUACUCCUCCGCCUGGGAGCCGGCCCCGCAGACGGGAUGGCGACGGCGCGCAGGGGUCGAGCAGACUUCCGCCCAUACGAUCUCUGUUUCCGCACCUUCAGACCAACAAGUCUGCGAACCGACAGCCGAGCUCAGCUUGUGUUGCCAACAUGAUGCUCCCUCCUCGGUCUGUCGCCGAUGACCUUCUCCAGGGCUACUGGGAGUGGGACCACGUCACGCUGCCCAUCGUUCAUCGCACGCUCUUCCAGCACCGCUACCGUAUGCUUUGGGAGCACACCGGGCCAGGGAAUGGGUCUUCACCUAUCACUCUAGACACGGCGGGGCAAUACUGUCUGCUCGCAGCCAUGAUUGCUGUUGCGCAACUUUACCUCACGCCCGGUACACCAGACACGAGCCCCGAAUCCGUGGGUCAGUCCUUCUUCGACCGCGCGAGGAACAUCAUCUUCUCAGACCUGCUGGAAGUCGGCUCGCUCCAGGCCGCCCAGGCGCUCUUGCUCAUGACACGCUAUCUUCGUCGGACGGCAGAAGGUCUGGGCUUGCACCUGCCGAUCUCAGACGCAAGUCAGGCGGAGAGAGAGGAGAGACACAGGACGUGGUGUGCUGCCAUCUGGAUGUCCAGAAUGCAAAAUAUCACGUACGGCCACUUCCCAGCCGGCGGUACCUUCAAAAUAUCUCCCCUCCCACAAGACAUCGAUGAUGAAAUGAUGGAACUGGAUCCGUCGCUUCCCGACAAGGAGCAACCUCCAGAUGUGCCAUCCCGGAUAUCCUUCUUCCGCUAUGGCCUCACCCUAUCAGAUAUUGUGAACUUUCUAGUCAGGGUUCUCUCCGAGCCGGCCCCGGGCGAGGACAACCUCAUGCCAGCAGAGGACUUCACCAACACCAUGCUCAACCUCGACGACAGGCUGCAGCGCUGGCACGAGGAGCUGCCAGACCACCUGCGCGAGUUCAGCGGCGACCUCCGCCCGGGAGGCAUCCUCGAGAGGCAGUACUACCUGCUGCGGUGCCGGUUCCUGGAGACGCGCAUCCUCAUCUUCCGCACGGAGCUCAUGAGGCUGGCGCGCAACGAGCAGGCGCAGAAGAUCGUGCUGGCCACGAUGCUGCGCCGGUCGCUCGCCAAGGGCAUGGUCGAGAGCUGCCUGGAGAGCAUCAAGGAGAUGGUGGGCCUGGCGUCGGUGCGCAAGGACAGUCGGCUUAUGCCACCAAAGCCGCACAUGAUAUGUUCAUAUCUGAUUAUGGGUACCAUCAUCGCUAUGGUUAUCCGCUUGCCUUUCUUCAGACGACUGCUGUCUGGAGAGGAGUUGAUGAGCCAGCGAACGCAGUUCGACAAGUGCCUCCGGUGUCUUCUGGAUCUAGACCCUCAGGAAUUUCCCUUGGCGGCCAAGUCGGCGGAUAUUCUGCGUAGCAUGUUGUCUGACGACGCAGAAUCCGGUAGGACUCGCCUCUUUCAAAGAGACCAGGAUAAGAACGCGAUAGCUAACGAUCAUAUUUUAUCCACAGACCAUCAUCAGGCAAAUGGGGAUGGUCUCAUAGGCCAGCCAAAUCAACAGGGCCACAUUCUUGGUCAUCAGCAGGUCAUGGAUCCUUCUAUGGCUGAGGGCAAUGGCAUGGCCUUCGCCAAUGGGAAUGGGGCUGGGAUGAUGGGUCCGCUACAGGAUCCAUACGGAGAAAGGACAGCCGGAGAGUUGGAUGUGUGGUUGUCUGGAGACUUUGCGGAUGCAUUCGGGUUCUACUCGAACUUGUCCGACAUGGGUCUUGAGGACUUGGGCGUCCGGAGCGGUCCUGGGAACGUGAUGUCCUUCUGGUAA